AUGGGAAUUGGUCUGACAACAGCUGGGCAAAAUCCAUCUCUUUCCAUCUCUAUGUUCGCUAAACUUGCUUCCUUUCUUGCUUUCAUGAAGCCGACCUUAACAGACAUCUCUUCCAUUUUCGUAGAUGGAAGAUCCGGUGAAUCAAUUCAAUUAGAUGCCGCUUACCUAGAUGCGGUGCUUGUCCCUCGAAGCGAAGGUAAAGAACAAGACAUUGGGGAUUCUGAAUCUGACCGCACUUUCCUCAGGUCGAACGGCUAUCGAUCCUGGCCCGAUGAGAAAAGGGUUGAACUCAUACUUGCCUUAACCUAA